CGCAUCCGUCUGUACUGUACGAAACAGAGUACCUCUUCACUGCAUUACACACAUGAAGUCCCCCUGCAGCACCGCCAGCAUGGGAACCCAAAGAAAGGACAGCUUCCUCUGGGGGAAAGCACCUUCAUCCUUCAAUGCAAAUGACAAGAAGCAGAAUGAGGUCCAUAAGCAUGUUAUUCUUGAUGAUAUAAAGCAACUCAGGAUGGAGAUCGAAAACAUGAUGACAGAAAUUCAAACAAUGGAGGCCGAUGAUGAGAAUAAAAAUGUUAUGAGGAACAAAAGAAUCCAAUGUGGAAAAAAGAAGUUCAACAUGGACCCCAAGAAGGGCAUUCAGUAUCUAGUGGAUAAUGGCCUGCUUGAGUGGAAACCAGAAUCUGUGGCCGAGUUCCUCUACAAAGAGGAAGGCCUUAAUAAAACGGCUAUUGGCAACUUUUUAGGAGAAAGCCACAUACCAAGAACCAAACAGAAUCUGCUGUACGUGCCAAGUAUGAGGCGCAACGGUUCCUCUCUCUGUUUCUACAUCAACAUUUGA